CUGGAAAAUAUUAUUGUUCGUCCACCGUUCAACCGAGUAGUGCUCGCUUGUGCCGUGUCGUAAUGUUGUGAGUGAAAUCUCUUUUUCAAGGUGGGAGAGAUCAGAGUGCUUCGUUCGCGCAAUUCUUUGUUAGUAGAUAAGGGCUGCCUAGAAGCUGCAAGUGCAUUCCAUCAGUGGUGCAUCGUGCAUCUCAUCGUGGGAUUGCAACGGAACAUUUCUGCAACCCCAGAGACACAUUGUGGCAGUUAUCAUCUUGGGCAGCAGAUUACGAACGAGCGCCUUUAUUUGCUUUGCCAAAUGGCAGUCUCAUCAGCAAUGGAUUAGCGAAUGCAGCAACAACAGCAUCAAACUAGAUUACGUGUGACAUUUUUCUUUGGGAAAAACCUAAGGCUCACCCCGUUCACGCUGUCGGUCGAUCAGUUCAUAAUCGAGCUACAGAAGGCACCGGGAACGUCGAUAGAAUGGAGGACUACAAAUUUCUGUUCAAAGUUGUCCUGGUGGGCAAUGCAGGUGUGGGCAAAACGUGUCUAGUUCGAAGAUUUACGCAGGGUUUAUUCCCACCUGGUCAGGGCGCGACGAUCGGGGUGGAUUUUAUGAUCAAAACGGUCGAAGUGGACAAUCAGAAGAUAAAACUACAGAUCUGGGACACGGCCGGUCAAGAGCGGUUUCGAUCCAUCACCCAAAGCUAUUACCGGUCUGCCUCGGCUCUCAUACUGGUGUACGAUAUCAGCUGUCAGCCCACGUUUGACUGUCUACCAGAUUGGCUGCGAGAAAUCCAGGAACACGCAAACUCUAAGGUCCUGAAGAUCCUGGUUGGCAACAAAACGGACCGAGACGAUCGCGAAAUACCACAGGAGGUGGGAGCCGAAUUCGCAAAGCAGCACGGCAUGUACUUCCUCGAAACGUCCGCCAAGCAGGCCGAUAACGUUGAACGACUAUUUUAUGACAUCGCAGCUGUAUUGAUAGAGCAAGCCCGCACAAAGGAGUUCACCCUGCGCAGCGAAACGAGCGUCCUGACGAAUCUCUCCCAAAAGACGAUCUAUCACCCGAGCUGUUGCAGUAUUGGCGAUCGGAACCAUGCAAGCAGUAGUAGCACCAGCGAUGCACACUACUCGGAUAGUUCCGGGCCGGCCAGCAUCGGCAGCAACAGCGGUAAUUUUAUUACGCAGCAAUAGGGAUAAAACCAAUGGAGAAGAGAUAACGACAUCCUAACGGACCCAACUGCUCCAUUGGUGUGGGAUAUCGGUGGGAACUCCGUUCUCGGUAUUUUAAUAAAGAGAUUUGCUGCUACCGUUCUAUCGGUCCGAUGUCUCUGCCCUUUUUGGUAUAGCGCUCGGUUCCGUGAUCGGGUAGCGUAGAAGAGUGAAUUUGUCUAACUGGUUAGCACAAAAGACAAAUGUAAACGCAAUGAGACAUUUGAUUCUACCAAAAAACGAAUUAAGCUCGUGCUAGACUCAGCAAUUACAAUGUCAACCUGUCUCGGACGCGGUAGGGUACUAAUCGUUGUUUUAUGUUAAGGUUUUAGACUAUGUUCCUGUGUUAAAAUUAGUAAUAAAUAAA